UAUCUCUUUCUAGUUUUUCUAUAUAAAUCAAACCACCUACGCUGGUUGACACACAACACUCACCUGUUCUGUCUUUGAAUCAUCACCUACAAAUCCCAAUUUCUGAUUUCUUACAGAUACUGAAUACAUAUUUUUUGGGGUUCUCGUCUCAGGAUCAGCAUAAUGUUUGGACACCAACACCACCACCAUGAUCAGCAACAGCCAGCUCCGGCCCCUUAUGGAGUUGCUCCCUAUCCUCCAAUCUAUGUACAAGGGGACACUGUGAAAAUCUACUGUGAAGCUAAUCCUGAUUACCAUCUGGGCAACCUUAAUGGUCAAGUAAUCAUGGCAGCUGCUAAUGAGUCUGACCCAAAUCAGCAAUGGAUCAUGGACACUUCAUGGAGUGUGAGGGCCAAGGAUGAAGCAGGCUUCCCUGCAUUUGCCUUGAUAAACAAGGCUACAGGCCAGGCUCUAAGGCAUGGACGUUCACAGAGUGAAAGGGUUACCUUGGGCCCAUAUCAUCUCGAUGAUUUGAAUGAGGCUGUUCUGUUUACCCAGAGUGCAGAUGUGGGAAGGGGGUAUCAGUGCAUCAGACCUGUGAACAACAUUCACUACAAUCUGCAAGCCAUGUUUGAAGAUGAUAAACAUCAUCAUGGAUUCCGCGAAGGGGUAGAGGUUGUUCUGUUCAAAUGGAACGAGAAGGAGAAUCAGAAAUGGAAGAUCAGUCCCAUCUUGAGCUCAUCUUAUGGAGUGCGUGGGUAUGGUUCAUUAUACCCUCAAUUUAGUGAGGAGGAACCUCGGGGUACCACGAUUAAGAUUUAUUGCGAAGCCAAUCCAAACUUUUUCGUGGCUGCCCAAGGCCAUCUUGCAGUGCUUGUUCUAGGAACCCCACAUGAUCCUCACCAGCAAUGGAUCAAAGUGGAUUCGUGGGGUCUUAAGGUGAAGGAUGAAGUUGGAUUCCCAGCAUUUGCAUUGGUGAACAAGGCUACAAAACAAGCUCUAAAACAUGGAAAUAAAGAGUGGGAGCAAAUAUACUUGGCAGACUACAACCACUACAAGUUGGAUGAAUCAUUUCUGUGGACCCAAAGUGCAGAUGUUGGACAUGGGUACCAAUGCCUUAGGCCAGUAAACAACAUCCAUCUCAAUUUGGAUGCCAAAGGAGCUGAUGGUGAAACUGGUGGAAUCCAUAAUGGAAAUGAGCUCAUUCUCUUCAGCUGGAAUAAUCAAAGCAACCAGAAAUGGAAAAUGCAGCCUCUUUUGAGCUCAUCUCAUGGACCGUAUGGGCAUCGUUCAUUAUACCCUCAACAUAGCGAGGAGGAAGCUUGGGGUACUGUGAUCAAGAUUUAUUGUGAAGCCAAUCCAGACUUUUUCAUGGCUGCCAGAGGCCACCUUGCAGUGCUUGCUCUAGGAAGCCCUGAUGAUCCUCACCAGCAAUGGAUCAAAGUGGAUUCAUGGGGUCUUAAGGUGAAGGAUGAAGCUGGAUUCCCAGCAUUUGCAUUGGUGAAUAAGGCUACAAAGCAGGCUCUAAAACAUGGAAAUCAACAGUGGGAGCAGAUAUACCUGGCAGACUACAACCACUACAAGUUGGAUGAGUCAUUUCUGUGGACCCAAAGUGCAGAUGUUGGACAUGGGUACCAAUGCCUUAGGCCUGCAAACAACAUCCAUCUCAAUUUGGAUGCCAAAAGAGCUGAUGGUGAAACUGGUAGAAUUCAUCAUGGAAAUGAGCUCAUUCUCUUUAGCUGGAAUAACCAGAGCAAUCAGAAAUGGAAGCUGCGGGCUCUUUAGAGGAAGGGUGAUUUUGGCUUGGCAAAUCUAAAAUAAAGGAGAAGCAGCUGUAGCAGUUUAGAUUUGCAUAUUGUCGUCUAGCUAUUUACCUUUUUUGGCUGAUGAUAUAAAAUGUGAGAUCCAAAGAAGGCACUGUAGGAACUAAUAUGCUGGUCAUGGAUUCUAUUUUGAUUAAUUUUUCAACUUUAUUAAUACAUCUGCCAAUUCUGAAUCUAGAUAAUUAAAUAGAUUUCAUAUAUUUUGG